CGCGUUCGCCGAUAAGAAUGGGAUAUGAAUAAAAUGCAUUUAUUGGAUGCUUGCGGAUGUUUUCUCGAUUUUCGUAUGAAAGCACUUUUUGCGAGGAGGAACGGAGAGAGGACCCCGCUUCUACGACGGUCCAGCAACAAGAAUUGCACUUGUCGAGAAAAAAUGACCGGCUAAAACGGAUUUAAUUAGAUUGCUGCCUUUUCAAAUCAAAUACUCACGAAUAUGUCUCUUAAAUUUUAUAACAUCGUAAUUCUCGUGCAUAACGCGAUAUAUACUUGCGACGAAACGAAGAGGAGAGACACGUGCACGCUUAUUUUUAUUCGACGGAUGAAAAGUAACGGGAAAACCCGGAAAUAUCGCUCAACCGAUUCAUUAUUCACGAACGUUGCAACGCCUUUACGUCAUCAGGAGGAUCGCACAAGUCCGAAGAGUGGGAUAUUUUUUCGAGACACAUCGGGGGACGAUGACCGAUGAUACUGCGAGAUUUAUGAGCGACGGGAUGUAACGUCUAGCCGCCGCAAUUGAAUCCGCGCGUCGAACCAUAAAACCUAUUUCUCGGUGAUAAAAAAAAAGCGCUGCGGAUUAUCGAAGAGAUGAGCGGAAUGAAGAAGGCGAUCGGUGGGUCCAUUCACAGAAUACGGGAGUUCGAGCUCGAGAAGGUGAAUCUGAUCGACGAGUUCGACAUCCUGCAGAUCGUCGGCGAGGGAUGGUUCGGCAAGAUCCUGCUGACCGAGCAUCGCAGCACGCAGACCGAGAUGGUGCUCAAGGCCCUGCCGAAGGCGUACACCGGCAUCUCGGACUUCUUUCGGGAAUUUCAUUAUGGGUUACAUCUGUCGGCGCACCGAAACAUUAUAACCACCUACGACGUGGCGUUCGAGACAGCCGGUUUCUACGUUUUUAGUCAGGAAUACGCCCCGCUCGGCGAUCUCACGUCAAACGUGACGGAGACGGGGCUGGGCGAGCUGCACGCGAAGAGGGUGGCCAGGCAACUCGCCGCUGCGGUGCAUCACAUACACAGCCGCGACCUGGUGCAUCGCGAUAUAAAGCUCGACAAUAUACUCGUGUUCCGCAGUGACUUUUCGCGUAUCAAGCUCUGCGACUUCGGCGAGACCAGGCGGGUGAACACCGUCGUGCGAAGGCACAACGAGUGGCUGCCGUACUCGCCGCCUGAGGUAUUGCAGAUCGAGACUGACGAGACGUACAAAGCUCGCACAUCGCACGACGUCUGGCAAUUCGGCAUUGUCCUAUUUGUCUGCCUGACCGGAUGCCUGCCGUGGCAGAAGGCGGCGAUGGAUGAUCCGCGCUACACCAGAUAUCAAAACUGGCACAACGCGACGCUCAACAUCGCCAAGAAACCGAAAUUAUUUCAGUUGAUCAGCUCGCGGGCACAGAGGAUGUUCAAGAGGCUAUUGGAUCCGAAAGCUGAAAAGCGACCGGUCAGCGUGUUCGAAGUAAAUAAAUAUCAAGAAGACAGAUGGCUAGCGAAACUCGGGGCCGAAAAAGCGUUGAACGGCGGCGCCGACGAGAGGGACGAACUUUGCCCGUCCAUGUACAGCUUUCAUAGUUCCUUGGAAGAGAAAAAUCAACUUCUCCGCACUCUCACGACGUACGGAAUCGAGACAACGGUGGAUCGUUCGAAGAAGAAGGAUCGUAUCAGGGAAUGGAUACAGGCUAGCGCGAUCGUCGAGGAGAACGAGGAGGACGAGUCGGAUAUUUACGAAGACUCGGAGUUUUAUGAAGAUGAAGACCGGGACGGUGAAGACGGGAACGGAAGCGAGGAGAUGGAAUCGAUCACCAUGAGAGGCAGACAUUUCCCGGAAAUGCGUCCGAGCGCCGCGACGAACAAUCCUAGAAAGAGAAGAGGCAGCAGAGCUGCUACGGGUCGCGUCGUCUCGAAAAACAGAGUACCCGUAAAGCCAGUCGAAAGGAAAAUACCUUUCGCUCCUCAAGUGGCCGAGGAGCGAGAAACGAUCGCACACUUCGCCAGCUUUCCCAACGGCGAUCCGAAGCUCGCCGCCGUAAAAAACGGAAAUAAUCACGAUCUUUUCGCAAAUUCGGUGAACGCCGUCACCGACGUACCGCCGAUGACGAAUAAUUUCUCGAGCAAUCUUCCAUCAUCGUCUGCGCCCAGCGCUAACAAUUCUCGAGACGCGUCGCCGCUUUCCGCACAGCCGGUUACCGCUGUCCCGGUCAAACAAUCGGGAUCGAAAACCGCGUCGAGCGCUAUCCCGGAUAGCGGAGGUAGAGCUGCCCCGAUGAGCCCGCAAAUCCCGGUGAGAAAGAAUCGCGCUCGCACGGCGCCGUUUUCGGACGCGCGAAAUCCGGCCGAGACUCGGGCGGAUUUGGCGAGGAGGACGCAGUCCGCGACGGUUUUGCGGACACCGGAAACGGAGGAGCCGCCGUUACCGCCGCGCGCGUCAGCGAAGCUGACGUCCGUCACCCCGCAUUCGGGAACGGCUCGCGCGGACAAUCCAUCCGUUGCUAUGUUAUCGACUUCGCGAGCGGCGGCGAGAUCAACCGCUCCACCGGUCGCGCGAACUGAUAGAGCACUCGCGGCGCCGGUAAUGAGCAACGCGUCUCUGGCCGAGCCCCAGCUUCCGAGCAGCGCUCUUCCUGGCCGAGUCGAGGGCUCGCCGCCAAUCGCGACGCAAAUCACGGCCGCUUCUCACUUGGCAAUGCAGAGUUUCAACACGUUACAGGGUAUCGCGUCCUCGGCCGCCUCGCCGGCGAGUUCGUCGUCGAGCGUGAGCAAACGGGCCGAGGAGGUGAACGUGGCUUACGGAAAAGACGCGUACGAGCACUACGGCAUCGCCCAGGGAAUGAUCUUGCCGAUGAGGGUGAACGUCGUUAGGCAAAAUUCCACUGGGAGCGGUAGCCGAUCCGUGAGCAACUGAGAUACAAACUGAAGAAUGUAUCCGGAUUUUCCUCGAGGUCGACGGAAGUUGAAUAUAUAUCAAUCGUGCAAGGGGCUCUAAACGCGGAACCAAUCGAUCGCUGUCGAUAAACUUGAAGGUACAUGUUUGGCUGGGAUUACACGACGUGCGUGAGACUUUUUUCGACAAAAUUCAACGCGAGUUAAUUGAAAGCUCCGUGGAAGGUAUUUGAGACGCGGAGCGCACACAUUUGCCGUUCGUGCAACAUUUUGCAAUGUUGAUACCCGUUGAUAUUUGCUUCAAUCAGAGAUUGCCGAGAGUUCCUUCGGAACGUGUAUUGAUAUAAGACAUUACGAUAUACGAUGUGUACGAGGUAUAAAGCUGUCGCGAGAGAGAAUAACGUUAUAACAGAACGACUGUAUGGAUGGAGACGUCACGUUACAUACAUUAUACUUCAUUAGUUUCAAGAGACACUUAUAUUGCCACGUGUCGUUUGCUUCACCAAGCGUAACGGGAUAAAAUUAGCGCGACGUCUCGGAAGAGCUGCACUGUGCGAGAAUGUGGCAGCGGCCAUUAGCGUUCGACCGUGGGAAACGGUGAAAAUUUUUAUUGUUCAGACACGACGCGAGUUUACACGCGUUUCACUAACAGCUCCACUUUUUAAUUAUAAAUUUCUAUUGACACGCUGAAUAUUUCUUCGAGUGCGGCAUGCGGAGGAAAACAUGGCCGCGGAAUAUGAGUUAAUUGAGUUAUUUAUACAUUCUUUGUGAUAUUAGACAUCAUGUACUACCUACUUGGCUAUUGUAAACGUAACAAAUUUUGAAAGAUGCGAAAUAUGACGAAAUGUGAAAUAUACAUAAACGAUUUGUACAUUAGUAUGUAUUAAAUGCAUAUCAUCUUCGAUA